AUGUCAGAAAAGAAUCCUAUUUCAAUUAAAUUAAUUGUUCUUGGUGAUGCCAAUGUUGGAAAAGUUGACAUACUUUUGAGGUAUUUACUUAAGCAAGUCUAGUUAUAUAAAAAGAUUAGAUUUCUCAAGAUUUCAUUCCUAAGGUCUUUGAAAAUUACACGAUUACAACAGUUGUUGAUGGGAAAAAGAUUAAUUUAAGUUUAUGGGAUACUGCUGGAUAAGAAACAUAUAAUAGGCUAAGAAUAUUAAGUUACGGUUAAGCUGAUGUCUUUUUGAUAGUCUUCUCUAUUAUUGAUGAAUAGAGUUUCUAAAAUGCAGUCACUAAAUGGUAUUAAGUGUAGAAGUUCCUGAAUUAAAAAAUGUACCAAAAAUUUUUUUUGGAAAUAACAAAGAUUAAAGAAAUUUGUCAAAUCCAAGCCAUGUCUAAUAUGAAGCAGUAUAUUAAAUUUAAUCAAUUAUUUGGCAAAAUCUAAAAUUGA